AUGUCUGCUUCAAGGUGUUACAUUUUUCUAGUUCUCCUCGUAAUGGGAGUCCACUCCCAGACGACGCCAUUGAGCAUGGCGAAUUGUCUACUGGAUGGAGAUGCUGAGUUUUGUGCAGCUUGCCUUGAUAUGGCCUCAACUACGGUCUCCACAACUACCGUGACAACUACUACUACCCCGGCGGCAGUGACUACAACUGCUGCUCCACCAGUAGUAGUCACAACCGCUGCUCCUCCACCGGUGGUAGUAACUACAGCCCCUCCUGUCGUUGUCGUCACUACCCCGGCGCCAGUAGUCGUACCUACUCCAGCAGUUGUCGUUGGAUGUCUACCCGGUUGGAGAUUUACCAAUCGACCCUCUGGAGGAUGGUGCAUGAGAGUUUUCACAGGAAUCCACGAUGCUAAGAUAGAAGCUGAAAGAGCUUGCGCGGCUAAGGGUGGCACUCUUACAGGACUUCAGAACCGGGAUGACGCGUUGUUCAUUCAAAGAUCUCUUCUCGCCCUAAUCCCACAAAACAGCGCUUCCGUAUGGGUUGGUAUUCAGCGUACCGCGGCUUGCACGAGACAGCAGAUCACCGCCGCUUGCACCAGAACCACAUCCUUCGAGUGGACCGACGGCUCGGCAACCGGAACAGACGGAUUCGUUUUCCAACCUGGACAGCCUGACAAUAUCCUAUUGAAUCAAAAUUGUGCUCUACUUCUUGCUUCGAGAACUCCGACCAUUACCGCAAGAGGCACAUAUUAUGCGGCUACACUUGAAGAUGUCAACUGUGUUGCCACUUUUAUUCCGGCAAACAUAGCUCGGCAAACGCGCGGUUAUGCUUGUGGAAGGCAUAAUCGGUGUGAACCUGGAUGGAGAUUCUUUAACCGGCCUUCUGGGGGAUGGUGCAUCAGGGUGUUCACCGGAUUCCAUGCAGCAAAAGCUGAUGCUGAAGCUGCUUGUCAAGCUGUUGGAGCAACACUCUCCGGGCUUCAAAAUCCACAAGAAGCUGCGUAUAUUCAAUCGUCUCUUCUCGGCCAAAUCCCACAACGCAGUGCUUCGGUAUGGGUUGGCAUUCAGCGUACGGCUGCUUGCAUGAAUCAGCCACCGUCUGCCGCGUGCAGCAGAACCACCGCCUUCCGAUGGACCGACAACUCGGCAACCGGAACUGCUGGUUUUGUAUUCCAACCUGGGCAGCCUGACAACAUCCGAUUGAAUCAAAAUUGUGCACUACUUCUUGCUUCGGAAACGCCGACCAUUACCGCAAGAGGAACAUAUUAUGCGGCUACACUGGAGGAUGUGAACUGUGUUGCAAACUUUAUUCCAGAAAAUGAAGCUCGUAGAACUCGUGGAUUUGCCUGUGGAAAACGAGGUUGA